AUGAUGUUAUUCCCGAAGAGGACCCUGAAGCGGAUUCAGAAUAAGGCUGUGGAUCUGCCAAGCCAAUGUUGGUUGGAUCCAGUUGCAUCCUUUGAAGUUCUAAAUUCUCAGGAUUCGCAGUUGGACCUUCCAUUUACUCCAAAGGCCUUUAGGUUUCGUGCCUUCGUGAAGGACAUGAAGGCUCAACACAAGACUUGGAGCAUUCAAAAGAUUGUUGCUGUGAAAGUCACUGGACCGAUCGAGGCCGAAAGCUUCCCUAAUGUGAAGUUUAAAGUUGUGAGAGGAUCAUCAUGUCAAGCCUACAAAUUCACACUCGCAGACCUGCCCUGCCUGAACCCCCAUGACUAG